AUGGCCACAGCUGCUUCGAAUCCCUACAGCAUUCUCAGCUCGACUUCCAUGGUCCACCCAGACGCCUCGGUCAUGCAACAAGGGGGGAGCCCUUUCCGAAACCACCAGAAACUGCUCCAAAGCGACUACCUGCAGGGUGUGCAGAGCAAUGGACACCCGAUCGGGCACCAGUGGGUGAGCAGCUUAGCCGAGGGCAGCCCUUGGUCGGCGUCGCUCGAGCAGCAGGACGUAAAGCCGGGACGGGAAGACCUUCAGCUCGGGGCGAUCAUCCAUCACCGCUCGGCGGCGCAUGUGGCGCACCACUCGCCGCACACGAAUCAUCAUGCGGGCGCAUGGGGCACGUCUCACAACUCAUCAUCCAUCAAUCUCUACUCCCAGACGGGUUUCUCUGUUAACGGCAUGCACGGAGGUUUAACGCCGCCGCCGCCGCCGCCACCGAGCUCUGCUCCGACCCAGAGUUUGCAUCCCGGACUACGCGAGACGCCCGAGCCCGGCGAGCUGGGAGCGCAUCACUGCCACGAUCACUCGGAUGAGGAGACGCCGACAUCCGACGAGCUCGAGCAGUUCGCCAAACAAUUCAAACAGCGCAGGAUAAAACUUGGCUUCACGCAGGCCGACGUCGGACUGGCACUGGGCACGCUUUACGGCAAUGUGUUCUCGCAGACCACGAUCUGUCGCUUCGAAGCACUGCAGCUCAGCUUUAAAAACAUGUGCAAGCUCAAACCGCUGCUGAACAAGUGGCUUGAAGAGGCUGACUCGUCCACAGGCAGCCCGAGUAGCAUCGAUAAGAUCGCAGCACAGGGCAGGAAGCGCAAGAAACGGACGUCGAUCGAGGUGAGCGUCAAGGGUGUGCUCGAAACCCACUUCUUGAAGUGCCCCAAACCAGCAGCGCAGGAGAUUUCGUCUCUGGCAGACAGCCUGCAGCUGGAGAAGGAGGUGGUGCGCGUUUGGUUUUGUAACCGACGGCAAAAAGAGAAGCGCAUGACGCCGCCGGGAGAGCAGCAAGGACAUGAGGUUUACGCACACACCGUGAACGCGGACAGCUCCUCGUGCCGUGAUCUCUGA